AUGUCUGAAUUAAUCGAAUUAAAACUUAAAGAAUGGGGAUUUGAACAGUUUGUUGAACGUUAUAACGAACAAGAAAUUGAUUCAACAGCUUUUCUCACUUUAACUGAGCUUAUGGUUACCAAAUUAUUACAAAAAUCAACACUGCGGGGUCAACAGUCAACAUUUAUUGAUAUUGUGAGGCAACUGAUUGAGAAACAUAAUAUUAAGCCUAAAAUGGUGCGAACAGUCUGGAAUAAAGAAGUAUGCUGUCGUUAUUUAGCUAAGCUGAUUGAAUUGCCAAGUAAAAACCCUGAAACUGUAAAAAGAGCAGUGCAAGCACUAGUUGAUGGCAAGGUGGAACCAGAAUAUAUUUUUAAUCGCAUAUAUCCAAAUAAUAGUGAACAAUAUAUCAUGUGCAUAUGUUGUAACUUCAAGAAAUAUAUUGGACCCUUGAGGCGAUCACUUAUGUUAAAUGAAAUGAAGAUUGAUGGAGUUCGACCACCACCAUCAUGUACACCUGCAGUUCCCGAUGCGUCGUGGUAUUGGGGACGGCUUCCCGGGAUACGAUCUCAUUUAGAACAGAGUAUAGAAAAAUUGAAAAAUAUUCAACCCUUGAGGCGAUCACUUAUGUUAAAUGAAAUGAAGAUUGAUGGAAUUCGACCACCACCAUCAUGUACACCUGUACAAGAGUCCAUAAAUAUUCCAAUUGAAUCUUGCAAUAAUAAUCCCGCCGAAACCUCCCGCGUAGUUGGUUCUAUGGAAGCCGACAACAUAUUACAGUGUUCGAUGGAUAUGGGUGGUAAGAACGAUGAUGUAGCCCAGAAUGAAAAAAAACCCGACCAACAUCGUAAGCGACCGUCGAUCCCCGUGAGUAUCAAGUUAUCGGACGAUUCGCACAACGUUGCUACCACGUCAUCGACAGCAGACCGGAAUUCCAGCAUGACUCUCUCUGAUAACAGUUCGUCGCAAUCGAAACGCCAAAGUAGUUCAUCGAGCUCUUCAUCGUUCAAACACGAAUAUGAUGAUGUAAGUCUCGACUGUACAACACCUCCAGUGUCGAGUGAUUCAACAAGUUAUAGAAGAACGGACGACGAUGAAGAAGACGACGACGAUGAAGAAGAUGACGACGAUGAAGAAGACGACGAAAAUAACCAACUGUCAAAUACCACCCAGGCAUCAAUAAGUGAAACUUUAAAACUUGGUCAAUGGAAACCAUAUUAUUGCAGAUUCACGACAGAAAAUAUAGUAUUGGAGACCAAUAUUGGACCGAAUAUUUGGGAAUGGACUGCCGAUGCCGCGAAGUCAGCUUCAAGCAUUGAUUCGCACAGUGUUCUGUUUAGAGAACGUUUACAGAAAAGUUAUGAAACGACUAUACAAAAAAUUCCGACUCAUUCAAAAUUUUGUAUGGAUCAGAAGCUAAAUCAACCUUUUUACGGUACAAACAAUAAAGAGUGGAGACGGAUCGCAGCACCAACCGGAAUGGUUAAUUUGUACAAGGCACUUCAUGAAUUCGAAAACAAACACAAUUGCAAAUUUACAUUUUUACCGUCCUCCAUUGGUAGAUGCCUUAUAGAGUACACCGAAAACGCAGACCUGGAUUUGGAUCCAGUGCACUCAGUCAGUAAUAACGUCUUGGAUGUUUUGCGUUACCCCUUACGGAAUGGUCUUAUACCGGAGAAGUAUUGGUUAGAUCUUGAGUUGUUUCUAUCGUCCGUUUUCUUAAAUAAUAAUUAUUUUGAUUCCGAAUCUACACGUCGCGGUAAGACCAAGACAGUUCGAUUUAAUUUCAUAGAAGGCGAAAUCGAAGCGCUAGUCUUCGACUAUUGGAGCCGGUCCACCAUCGAUCUAAUAUGUUACAACGAAAGCAAAUCCAGACGUGAUUUUAAAUGCCUACUCCAGUAUUUGUUCCAGAGAUUAUGUUUUCUUUACAGGUUAGGGACUCGGGAAGAGGGUGUUGGAUUAUUUUUAACGAAUUUUAAAGAAUUAGCAAAGUUUGAUCUGGAUAAGGACAUCAUACCGAAGAAUUGUCUAUUAUUUCUUAAAAAUAACAUAUCGAAAGUUUGGCCGUAUAUCGAGAACAGCGACCGGAAUCUGUGGUGCGCUUUUUUUACCGAAAUGAAAGUGAACUAUAUCUUGACAGCACGUACCUUUUCAGCAAUGUUUAAAAAACUAGAUCAAAAUUUCGAAUUUAUUAUGAGCAAGGCUGCACAAGUGAGGGCGAUUCGGAAGAAUCUGUUGUCAUCCGACGUUAGUCUAUGGUACGCCUCUACUACCGUUUCCGAAGAACGUCAAACCAUUGUGAAUAAAAGUGAUGUGAUCAGAAUUUUACCAGAAUUUUUCCUAUUGCUCUGGGAAGUCGACAGUGUGUUAUGCACCGCAAUUGAUAAUUUUUAUUACCAUCACAUUUUUUUGCUAUCGCGAUACGCAAUCUUACACAACGUCGACAUCUCAACCAGAGUCUUAAAGCAUACCGAGGUCCAAAAGUUUCUGGAUAACCGUCAACCGCCUAAAAUUGGGUCGAUGUCUUACGUGAAAUUACCGUUGUCAGAAAGUAUGAAAUCUAAAAUGGUUUCAUGUUUCCGGCGGUUGUACAUUCGGGACAGUGAUAAAUUCGAUGUCGAGUUCGAGAUCACUGAGUUUGAUGAGUUGUUGUACCAGUCGCUGAAUGAGUUGAUCUGCAACUGGAUGAAAAAAGCGUUGUGUCCGAUAAUUGGUCACGAUGGUCAAUUUUCGAAAGAGCGCUACGAAAGUCUGUAUCCAAGCAAGGUGAUAGCAAUGUGUUAUAGCCCUUUUUCACUUCCACAAAAUUGGUUACGUUGCCACGCAUUUGCGAGUUCGCUGUACGCACACAUGUACGGUCAGAACAAGAGAGAAAGUGUAUCAAUGAAAUGCUUUGAACUCGAUUGUAAUUUCAAACGCGAUGUCUCUGUCUACUACGACAAAAUCAUCGCUGAAUCAGACAACGUUUGA